AGAUCUAACAAUAAUGAAGUCUUUUUUCUUUGUCGUUCUAUGCCUGGGAGCUUUACAAUUUAGUCAGGCUUUGCGUUUGAGAGAUGAAGCCUAUCCGGGUGUGAAAAAUGUGGACACUAAGGUACCAGUUACUAAAAUAUAUCAAAAACCUCAAUCACGUAUAGUGGGAGGUGAAAUUGCACCCGAAGCUUAUGCUCCUUGGCAGGUAUCUUUGCAAAAUAAAUACGGCAAUCACUUUUGUGGAGGCGCUAUAAUAGCUGAUCAAUAUGUACUGACCGCUGCGAGCUGUGUAGCUGGUUUGGAUAAACGUUUUAUUAAGGUCGUAACCAGCACCAAUGAUUGGAUGGGUUUAGCUUGGGAAUACUAUGUGGAGGACAUUAUUGUACACUGUAAUUUUGAUAAACCUUUAUAUCACAAUGAUAUCGCUCUUAUAAAAACAACAACUCUAUUUGCCUACGAUGAUAAGACUAAAAAUAUUACUUUAGCCGAAUUGGAUGAGCUACAGGAGGGUGAAACUUUAACCAUGACUGGUUGGGGUAGUUGGGAAUUGGGUCAAUAUUAUCCGGAAGAAUUAAAGAAAUUAGAUGCUAUGCUUAUAAGUAAUGAACGUUGUAAGAGUAUGUAUAAUCAGUAUGCCGAUGAUGUGGAUGAUGGUCAUUUGUGUGUUCUACCUAAAAGUGGUAAUGGUGCUUGUCAUGGUGAUACUGGUGGUCCUUUGGUUAAUUCUAAAGGCCAGUUGGUGGGUAUUGGUAAUUGGGGUGUUCCCUGUGCUCAUGGUUUUCCCGAUGUUUUUGCUAAAGUAUCAUUUUACAAUGAUUGGAUAAGAACUAGUAUUAAGGGUUGUUCGUUGGUGCCUUGAGACGGGUGUUAAUGGAAAUUUAUGCUCAAUAGUUAAUUUGUUAAUUAUAGAUAAUAAAAAAUUUCUUAUGAAAAA